AUGGAACUUCCUCGGACUAUUACCGUGACUGGUCCAGGCGCGGACUACACUUUCCGGAUCAGACUCCAAAGCGAUGCAAACCCCGACGUUGUACAGGGUAUCCUGAGCCAACUUCCUCUGGAAAGCUUCUGUCUACACGUAGUUGUGGCGGGAGAAACCAUUUAUAUGCCGGCACCAAGCAUCUCACUUGGAUCUAAGAACAUGGUGGAGAGGCACAUGGGCACGGUCUACUUCAACACCACGAGUCAAUCCAUUUGCUUCUGUUAUGGAGCUGUCACGGAGAGUACCAAAGUCAAUCAGUUUGCAGAGGUCGUUGAAGAAGACCUCUCGAAUUUGAUUCGAUUUGGAAAGCUAGUUUACCAAGAGACAAUUAACCAGAAACUGCCGAGAAUUGUACCCAUAUCUGUUCGCCUAAACGGUAACAAUGUCCCUACUACGAGCCCGUUAGUGGAAUCUCUGUCUAUCCGCACUCCUGUGGGAGAUUGGAGGUCAGUGAAGCAGAUCAUUGAUCGAAAGUGUGAGCAGCUCAGGCGACCAGAAGAACCGGACGAGAUCAAAAACAUCCGGCUUGGAGCUGUCAAAACGCGGGCUGGCGGCGAGUCAAGCCCUUUUCAAGCCACUAUUUUCCUCCAAGGAUCUCUGUCUACGCUGGGACCACACGUGUUUUCGCGACUGCUCUCUCUUUCAGAGGAUCCCGAUAUUAGUCUAUCUUUGAUCGUUCGACAAACGAGAGUCUUUCUGCUGGAUACUUUCGAUCAUUUCAAAUUCCUUAAUGAUCUAGGCUUGAAAGGUCUCGAUACUAUCGGAGCUGCCUAUGAGCAGGCAUUAGGGUCACUGGAGAGCUUAGACGACUAUAGAGCGUUGACCGACUCGGUGCGAACUCUGAUUCAACUCUUCUACCGAUGGGUGCAUCUCAUUUUCCCCUGGUAUUUGAAAUCGGAUUUCCCUGGACGGACAGAGGAAGAGGUCGCCGCCCUGCCAAAGCUCGAAGUGUACAACUCUACAGCAUAA